ACUACCUAUUUAUUGCAAUCACAGCUAAAUGCCUCUCCUGUCUGCCUGGUUGGAAGGAUCCUCCAUAGUCUGAUGUAGCCUAAGGCAAGGAUUUGCUGUCUCUAAUGCUUCUCUCCAAGGCAGUCACAUUGGCAUGCUUCUGCAUGCAACUCUUCUGUGCAUCCGCAUGCCAAACCAAAGCCAACACGACCUUUCCUCUUCCCUCCCACUGCUGCUGAAACUGCCCUUUGCUGUCUCUGGCUCUAAAUUAAGCAGUAGCUGUAUGGAAAUAAAUAGACACCAGAGGUCAGGCCUGAGCUUAGAGCUUGGAAGUUUCAAGGCUAGAGCAGCCUGGAGCUAGGAGAUAAGGAAGCCAUAUAUCCAAAAACACGUACGAAUUUUCCAUGUUAAAACAGACUUUUAAACAAGAAGACACUGUUUGGUAGAAAUAUGCAUGCCUUUUAUUUUCUUUUUCAUAUCUUCCUGUGUUUUCCAGUUUUUCUGUAAUGAGCUUAUAUGACUCCUAUAACUAGAAAAAAAGCAUUAUUUAAACAAAAUAAAGACUAAAGAAAAAGAUACAAACUAAGACAUAAAAGAACUCUGUCACUAUUGAAAAUGGCUACUGGUAAGAGCAGUAUAAAUGUGACAUAUGCACAUCAUGCUCUAAGCUAAAUUACAUGUUUCUCAGACUGACCCUUGGUACCCCUGUGCCCUCUUUCUGUUUCUUUUCUCCAGCCUUCUCCCUCCAGUCUGCUUUUCACACCUUAGUUGCUGACUACUUCUGUUCUAUAUGGACCACCUCCUUUCAUAGAGAAACACAUUUGCUUUAAGGUGUAGGUGACUGGGUUAUGCUUCCUGGCAGGGAUUUGAGUGGCUUUGUAUCUUAAGCAUAGACCUCUAGAAGGAUUUUGCCUUAAUUUCACUCAGUUGUUAGACUGAAGCCACCCUUUCUAGUUACGAGAUUUAAUCACAUUUAUAGGAGUUUUUAAGAUUAAUGUUGAGGAUACCAACCUAAUAAAAUUUUGGUUGAAGUAUAACCAAAGACUUUUAAAUGGACAAAAAGAGAGGACUAGGGAGUCUGCGGGGAAAUGGGGAAGAGUUUUUGAUGAUGAUGCUUCCGUGACCCCCACAAAUACAUUUUAAACUUGAUACACAGUUGGAUAGAAGCAAAUACAAUGAUUAUAUGGGUUUUAUUUCUUGGUAAUAUUGUAAUAUAUAUUCUUCCUUGUUAAUUUUAGAGUUAAAAUGAUCCUCUUGUUUGCUUAGAACAAGAGAUACUGGAAAAUAUUAUUUAGUUCCAUAAAUAAUGGUAGCUUACCAUGUUAAGACUGGUUACUGGGGAGGCCAGACGGACCGACUGACGGGAGGGACAGGAGCCGAGCAAAAUGGCGCAGACUCAGGGCACCCGGAGGAAAGUCUGUUACUACUAUGACGGGGAUGUUGGAAAUUACUAUUAUGGACAAGGCCACCCAAUGAAGCCUCACCGAAUCCGCAUGACUCACAAUUUGCUACUUAACUAUGGUCUCUAUCGAAAAAUGGAAAUAUAUCGCCCUCACAAGGCCAAUGCUGAGGAGAUGACCAAGUACCACAGUGACGACUACAUUAAAUUCUUGCGCUCCAUCCGCCCAGAUAACAUGUCUGAGUACAGCAAACAGAUGCAGAGAUUCAACGUUGGUGAGGACUGUCCGGUAUUUGAUGGCCUGUUUGAGUUCUGUCAGUUAUCUACUGGUGGCUCUGUGGCAAGUGCUGUGAAACUUAAUAAGCAGCAGACGGACAUCGCUGUGAAUUGGGCUGGGGGCCUGCAUCAUGCAAAGAAGUCUGAGGCAUCUGGCUUCUGUUACGUCAAUGAUAUCGUCUUGGCCAUCCUGGAACUGCUAAAGUAUCACCAGAGGGUGCUGUAUAUUGACAUUGAUAUUCACCACGGCGAUGGCGUGGAAGAGGCCUUCUAUACCACAGACCGGGUCAUGACUGUGUCCUUUCAUAAAUACGGAGAGUACUUCCCAGGAACUGGGGACCUACGGGAUAUUGGGGCUGGCAAAGGCAAGUAUUACGCUGUUAACUACCCGCUCCGAGAUGGGAUCGAUGACGAGUCCUAUGAGGCCAUUUUCAAGCCGGUCAUGUCCAAAGUAAUGGAGAUGUUCCAACCCAGUGCAGUUGUCUUACAAUGUGGCUCUGACUCCCUAUCUGGGGAUCGGCUAGGUUGCUUCAACCUGACCAUCAAAGGGCACGCCAAGUGUGUAGAGUUUGUGAAGAGCUUCAACCUGCCUAUGCUGAUGCUGGGAGGAGGUGGUUAUACCAUCCGUAACGUGGCCCGCUGCUGGACGUAUGAAACAGCCGUGGCUCUGGACACGGAGAUCCCAAAUGAGCUUCCACACAACAACUACUUCGAAUACUUUGGGCCAGAUUUCAAACUUCACAUCAGUCCUUCCAGUAUGACCAACCAGAACACCAAGGAGUACCUGGAGAAGAUCAAACAGCGACUGUUUGAGAACCUGCGAAUGCUGCCCCACGCACCUGGGGUCCAAAUGCAGGUGAUUCCUGAGGAUGCCAUUCCAGAGGAGAGUGGCAACGAGGACGAAGAAGACCCUGACAAGCGCAUCUCGAUCUGUUCCUCUGACAAACGAAUCGCCUGUGAGGAAGAGUUCUUGGACUCUGAUGAAGAGGGAGAAGGCGGUCGCAAGAACUCUUCCAACUUCAAAAAAGCCAAGAGAGUCAAAACUGAGGAUGAAAAAGAGAAAGAUCCAGAAGAGAAGAUCACAGAAGAGGAGAAAACCAAGGAGGAGAAGCAAGAAGCCAAAGGGGUCAAGGAGGAGGUCAAGUUGGCCUGAGCAGACCUCUCCAGUUGUGGCUUCCUGCCAAGUUUCCCACCUUUCUCCCACAACCCCUCAGAUUUUAUAUUUUCUAUCUCUCUGUGUAUUUAUAUAA